AGGCCUUGACAGCGUACAGGAAGUAAACAUAAAAUGGGUCUCGGCAGCAGCGAAGUAGAAUAAAAAUUGUUUGUUAUAAAUAGUAAAAAUGGACUGUUUUUCGUGGUCAAACGGGCUUUUAGAAAUAAACGAAACUUUAGUAAUACAGCAACGAGGUGUCAGACUGUAUGACGGUGAUGAUAAGGCUAAGCUGGAUGUUGGAGCUGCCUUGUUGAGCACCCAUCGGUUGAUCUGGAGGGACAUGAAGAAUCAUGAAUGCUGCAUAGCCAUGCCUCUGUCACAGAUCCUCUUCUUUGAGGAGCAGGCUGCAGGAAUAGGAAAGAGCGCAAAAAUAGUUAUCCACCUGCAUCCAACACCUGCCAACAAGGAGCCAGGUCCCUACCAACACAGCAAGUUCUCCUUCAUCAAGCUGUCCUUCAAAGAACACGGGCAGAUUGAGUUUUACAGGAGGCUAACAGAGGAAAUGACUCAGAAGAGAUGGGAGAAUACACCGGUUUCACAACCCAUCUCCACAGGAACCGGCUCUCAGGCAGGAAGGACACGUGCUGUGGGGAUUGUCGGCAUCGAGAGGAAGAUAGAGGAGAAGAGGAAAGAAACAGACAAAAACAUUUCUGAGGCCUUUGAGGACCUCAGUAAGCUGAUGGUGAAGGCCAAAGAGAUGGUAGAGCUGUCCAGAUCUAUAGCCAACAAGAUCAAAGACAAGCAGGGAGACAUCUCAGAAGACGAGACGAUACGGUUCAAGUCCUACCUGCUGAGCAUGGGUAUCGCUAACCCCGUUACCAGGGAUACGUAUGGAUCAGGUACACAUUACCACAUGCAGCUGGCUAAACAACUGGGAGAUAUGCUACAGGCCCCGCUAGAGGAGCGUGGGGGCAUGGUGGCUCUCACUGAGGUGUACUGUCUCGUCAACCGUGCUAGAGGGAUGGAGCUUUUAUCUCCAGAAGAUUUGUUGAACGCUUGCAAGAUGUUUGAGUCGUUGAAGCUCCCGUUGAGGCUGCGUGUGUUUGACAGCGGCGUGAUGGUGGUCCAGCUGCAGUCUCACAGUGAAGAGGAAAUGAUAGCCUCAGCGCUGGACAGUGUGUCAGACAAAGGCUCUUUGACGGCGGAGGAGUUCGCAAAGCUGCUGGGCCUCUCUGUUCUUCUGUCUAAAGAGCGGUUGCUGCUGGCUGAGAAGAUCGGCCACCUGUGUCGAGACGACUCUGUCGAGGGUUUGAGAUUCUACCCGAACCUCUUUUGACCCGUUUACUGUCAUUAUUGUUGAGAUAGAAAAACAUAACUUCAACUGGGCUGCACUGUCUCUGCUGAUAGACUGAUGCAUUGCCACUACAUGUACAUACUGGUGUACAGCAGCAGAGUGCCUGCUGUACUUUGAGCGCAAUAAUGUACCUAUCCAGAUAUUUUUUAUCUAGGUCUAAGAGAUAGUCUCUGUCUUUUAGGAGAUACUUUCCCAGAAAACUGCUCAAGAACCUGGUUCCCAGAUUUGCUCUGCUUGGAGUGAUCAUCAUGUGCGUUUAGUAAUAAAUGGGUUUGGGACUUAAUGGAUUAUACGGUGUACAUUUUUUCACUCCUUUGUGUGCCACAGAGCUAAUACCUUUUUUUACAAGUAGUUAUGACAAGCCCAUAUAGCCUCUGAUCACAUGUUUUCCAAAGUAAAAUAUGCAUUUAUGUAAUAAAUGAUUUAAGGAAUGAA